AGUCGCCUGGAGUGGGGGGAUGGACCCUUCACAUGUGCCGGACGAGACAUUACAGCGCCUUGUGUUGCCUGGCAGGUUAGUGGGCGAAGCCUUGGCGCAGGACGACCUCUUCCUAUCAGUGGAAGAGACUUGCCCGGCGGGGUCCGGGAGCGCAGAUUAUGAGUUCAAGGUCCCUCAGCUGACGGUUGAAGCAGCAGGCGCCGGCCCGCCGUCUGGGGAUUUCACUCAGCAGGGCUUGCUGCCGGACAUCGGGCGGCUUUGGCGCUCCUUUGGGUCGAAGAUCGUGCUAUGGAGGUAUGAUGAGCCUGGAACACCAGAGGUGACUGAGUACUGUGGAGUCUCGGAAUCUGUGAUUGCAGCAGCAACUGCCACGCCAAAAAACUUCAUUCAGGGCAUCGACCACUUCCUGGUUUUGGCCACUCCGCUGGAAGUCUCGCUGCAUGCUCUUCGUUUUGCCGGCAGCAACCGCUUGCUGCCACCGGUGCGAACGCAGUUUUCAGUGGCAAGCGACGACAUUCCAAUGAGCGCAAUUGCAUGUGACCCGAGCAGUGGGCGGAUAUUUUUAGGUGGAGCAGAUGGUUGUAUACAUGAGUUCCAGUACUUUGAUGAUGACAGCCGCUGGCUUGGCCGGCCCAGAAAGUGUCGCAAAAGUGCAGUCAGCUGGAACCUACAGUCGCAGCUGCCUGCAGUACUGCAGCGCGCUUGUAUUGCGAUUUUUGGUCAUUCCGAGGCAAUCGUGCAGCUCAGCAUCGAUGUUUCCCGGGGCUUGCUUUUUGCACUGUCUGCCUUGUCCAGCGUCACCGUGUUUCACAUCCCCAGCCAGAAAGAGGCGCAAAACCGAGAGGAGAAGCCAGUGGUCCAAAUUUGCUGCCUCUCGGCGUCGAGCAUUGCCACAGAAGUGGGCCGCAUCAAGGCUCGGCUGUUCCCAGGCCUGCUGCCUGCCUCGCGGGGCUUGAGCUCCUUUGGCGCGGUGGUCUCCGCCAGCGGCCUGCUCAGCUUCCCAAGGCUCGUCAAGGUCCUCCCGAUGCUGAAGGCCGUGGGCGGCAACGUGGUCGCCUGCGCUGUGGCGGAGGACGGCACCCGGAUCUACCUGCGUGGGGUGUCGAAAACCUCCGCCUCCGACGCGUCGCAGCGGGCGCGCCCCGCGGUGAUCACCUCGGUGGUGGUGCAUCACGUGCGCUUCCUGGACGCAUCCGCCCCAAGAGACCUGCAGGUGAAGGACGCCUUGUGCGAAAAUGGCGUCACCCUCCUGCAGUGUCGCUUUGGGCAGGAGGCUGGUCAGAAGGAGGCGGUGAUUGCGUUGAGCACCGACUUGCGGGUCGUGGCGCAGAAGCAAGGCCGUGGCCGCUCUCCGUGGGUCAAUGUGUCAGGCAUGGCAGAACAUGUGGACACCAUCAAUUUGACCCAGGAGCAGGCAGAAGGCACGCAACUUGCGCAGAUCUUCGCCAUCGCGGCCUUGCCACCGCCAAUCUCCAAGCCAAUCCAGCAGUUGUUUUGCAGUGGCAACGGCUUGGUUUUGCCGGUGGCACACCUCAGCGAGUUGGCAAAGCAGCAGCUGGCACUUGUGCCGCGCUUUAUGGUGAUUUCUUCCAUUGGAGUGCACCUGCUUCGCAGAUUGCAGCCCCUGGACUCGCUGCAAGAGCACCUGCUUGGGGGCAACCUGAUGGCAUUGCAGGAUUUCGUGGGCCAGUACACUGCUGAGCAAUCCUGUGCCUUGAUGUUUCAGAUCCUGACGCAGGCGGUUCCGAAGCUCAACGCCUUGGACGCUUCGGAGAGGGCGGAGAGGGCAGAGCGGGUGGAGAGGGUGGAGAGGCUGGAGGCCCCCAGGAACAGAUCCCGGAGCCGCGCCUUGGGCGAGCGGUCGGCCGUGCGGGAUGCCAACGAGGAGGUGAUUUUGCUGCGCACCGAGCAGCUGCUCCUGUCGCAGCUGGCGGUGCAGCUGGGCUUCUCCCAGGUCUUGCCAUCCCUGGACCCGGGCCAGCCCUCCAUCCAGGGCUCUCCGCUGGGCUACUCCGUGAUGUUCCAGAGCGCCGCCCGGCUCUCCGCGCGCAUGCGCGGGCUGUACCUCUUCUUGAGCCGCCUGCUUCGGCCCUUCUGGCUGUCGCAGGCCAUGCUGGUGGUGUGGCCGGCUGUGCCCAGCGACAAGAAGCGGAGGAGAGACGAAUGGUGGCCCCCGCCUCCGGACCCAGCCCCUGUGGCCAAGGGCGCCCAGUGGCGCUGCGCCUUCUCCAAGUCCCAGCGCGGCUUCGCGCGACACCAGCUGAGCCUGGUGAAGACGGUGCUGGACCGCUGCCUCUCGCGCCUGGCCCGGGAGGCCGAGGAGGACGCCGCGCACGGCGCCUGGCACCUGGUCGCCGCGUCGAUGGAGGCCCUGGACUUUUUGGAGCUGCUCUCAGGCUGCACCACGGCCAUGGCGGCGGGCGCCUGCCCGGAGGCGCUGCUGCGGCUGUCGGAGCUCAGCUUCAGGGACUUGGUGUGCCAGCCGGAGGCGCGCAGGGUGCUGCAGCAGCUGAUGCAGGCAGGCAUCGUGGCAUGCCGCGAUCUGGCCAACUGCCCCAGUCUAUUCAGCAAGGCGGACCUGGAGAUACAGGAGGCCUAUGAGAUCCUGAAAGUGGUAGAGGCGAAUUUGGUGGCCAACAGCAGCGCCCUGGAGAUCGCCAGGCUGAGUCACCUGACGCAUCGCGGCCUGGGCAUCUUGGAGCAGCACGCGGCGCACGUGAACCUGAUGGAGGCUGCAGCGCGCCUUAGGGCCGUGGGGGCCUGUAAGGGUUUGGUUUCCUUGUGUUCCAGCGUGGCCCGAGCUCGCGAUCCGAAAGAUGAGGCGAUGCGGCCACAGGACCCCUCGAACCCUCGGGUCCAACAGCUUCACUACGCACGCUUGGAGUGCUACCAGGUGGUGUUGGGGAUCCUGGAUGAUGUCUUGUCAUUUGCCAGGCAGCGAGGGAGGAUGCAGAGCAGCUUUGCCAUGCUUCCAAACCCCAGCACAGAAUCGGGAGUACAGCCAGAGUUGCCGGAGCUUUUGCCAUCUCGAUUGUCAGAGGUUGACACGGUUCCAAUCUUGGAUGGGCUGCUGAGACAUUGCUUGGAAGGACAUAGGUAUCAAGCUGAUGAGCUCUUCCACUUUUGCAUCCUCAAGUGGAUGAUGCAAAGCGGGCUUUCCCCAUAUCAGUACAAAAGUCCCUAUCUCAAGAACUUCUUGCUGGUGCAUGCAAAGAAGAACCCAGAAAUGCAUUGCAAGUAUCUUCAGCACAAUGGUCGUUGGGCAGAAGCUUGUGAUGCCUAUCUCUCCUUGGCAAAGGACGCUGAGAGGAGCGAUCCCCAUAGCGACAACCGCCUAUUGAUGCUGCAGAAUGCCGCAUUGUGCGCGCGAAUGCCACGGUCAAACCGCCGUGUGGAGCCCAUUCUGAGGAUGAUGUCCGAAACUUUGAGGACGGAUAUUGAGAGGCCAACAUCAUGCCAAACCUAGGCAA